UAGAACACCUAGUUUUUGGCAUCGUCUGAAGUUCCCUAAGGACUCUAGGCUUUUGCUACCAAGAUGCUGCUACCGAACAUACUCAUCGCGUUUCUGGCCUCUCUUGCCCCUGUGCAGACCACAUCCCUGGCCCCCCUUCGAAUAAACGCCGGGUGUGCCUUUCAUUUAACAAUAGGGAGCGGUCAUAAUGGAUCUGUCGGCCAAUUGGCGGACGGACAGGUACGAGUUGGGAGCGACUUAGCGCCAUCUCUCUUUACUUGGUUCGGUGAUGCCUUCACUGAUCAUCAAGGGAGAGGCUGUUGGUGGACUCCUCCUACGUUGCUACUUCAAUGCGAUUCGAACCAACAACUAGGCCAUGGGUUUGUCAUUGGGUGUUACGGCGGUGUGUCGUACGAACACCAGUCUUUGUUCUACGAAUGUCAGACAGGCGACGGGGACGAGGUAAACUUAUACCUAGAACCUAAUGGUGCCGACUGUUCCAUCAUUACGCUCCAUGCCGAUAGCUGUCGACCUCCGUGUGCUAGUGCGAGCACUUCGUCGAGGCCGUUUACUGGUACAAUUGGCACAAGUAGGACACCUUUGACCUCUACUACAGCUUCCUUUCACGCAUCACCAAGCCACACAACCCAAAUUUCUUCGCAUGAUGGAACCACUACGGCCUCAUUGUCGGCUUCGACGGGCACGCCUACUACAGCCCCUGGCAACUGUAAAACACCCAUUUUCGAGCGCCCCGACGAGAUCAUUCUAGUCGAUAAGCGCAAACCGGAUACGAGUAAUGGCUCAAAUCCUAACAUGAUAGUUUUGCUGACCCCAGAAAUAUCCGCCAUCUUUGUCUUCGAUUUUGAUUCUUCGGACUCGAACAAGCAGUGUGCUCUCAUCUUCGACUUGCCUUCUACCCAAGAACAACAAUCUCCCCUCUAUACGCUGAAUGGAACCGGACUAGUGAGCUUCGCGCUGCUAGAGGAACCGCCAGUCGAUCCGAGGAACACAACCUAUAAUAACGCGCCGCCUGUUGUAAUGCCACUAGAGGCAGUAAACCUAGAACCUGGCAUGAGCGCCCAGCCCCUCGAGUUUCCAUGUCCUGGAGAGGAUGGGCAUCUUGUUGUUGAGAUGCGCGAUAGGCCAGGCUCAGACGUGUGCUUACACUACCAACAGAACAGAUCUGAGGUACUAAUCGGGUUGUAUCUUUUGAAGUGCUGAAGCGUAUGUCAAUGGAUAUCGGGGCCUUGCGUUAUGGUAGAAAGAAACCCGGGCACUUUUAUAAAGUGCUAAGGAAAAGGGGGGUUAUGGAGAAGGGAGGAACAAUACAAGGCUUCCUGCUCUUGUAUGAUUUAUUCAAACCGUUUUACGGGUGGCUUCUAUGCAUCGAAGCAUGGCGCUGCCCCUUUUUUG